AGAGCACAAUAGACAACACACCAUCACUUACGCAGUUACACUGGUCUGGUUGAAGCCAGGAUUAGCCAGCUCACGGGGGUGGGAGGUAAAUUUAGGAAAACGUAGAAAAUUGCUUUCUUGUCAUCCUCCUCUGUUUCCAGCCCAAUCCAUUUCUAUUUGUGUCCAUAUAAGAGCAGCAUAGUCAACACCAUGGUGUCCAAGCUGCAGCAACCAGCCCCAUGGGGGAAAACAGCAUCGUGCCAACAGUUUCGGGCUUUUUACAUGUGUGGAAAAUGCAGUGCUCUCUACAUGUGAAGAGUGGAAUCUGGUUGGAGUUUUACUUCUUGUAAGGCAUUGCACAAAGACAUCAUUCAAUAUCUUCACAAUCAGCACCAAAAAGAUAUCUCAUCAAGUAUGUAGCCACAAUGCCCCAAAAAAUUAGUCACCAGCUACUGGUCCUAUAGCUAUAUUUAUUGUUUCAGCCAGUACAUCAGCACUGAAAGUCUGAAACACCAGGAGUAGAGAUGAACAGAGGGCUCCUGGAAGCAGCCACAUCAGGUGAUUCCAAAUCAUUGAAGAACAUGGUUUCGCAGGAUCCAAGCAUACUGCUCGGAACAACUCCACAGGGCAACACCUGCCUUCACAUAUCCUCCAUUCAUGGCCGUGAGAGCUUCUGCAAAGAUUUAAUGGUGCUAUCCCCGUGUCUUGUCGCUAAAGUCAACUUGUAUGGGGAGACACCACUGCUCACUGCGGUGACGAGUGGCCAUGAUGCUCUGGCCUCAGUUUUACUCAGAUGCUGCCUCGAGCUGGGACAGAGCGAGGCAAUCUUGAGGCAAGACAGGGAUGGAUGCAACGCGCUACACCAUGCCAUCCGCAGUGGCCACAAGGAGCUUGCUCUGGAGCUGAUAGAAGCUGAGCCUGCGCUGUCGCAAGGUGUGAACAAGCACAACGAGUCUCCCAUGUUCAUUGCAGCGAUGAGAGAUCUCGCAGACGUUCUCGAGAAAGUGCUGGAAAUUCCCAAUUCUUCUCAUGUGGGAGCCUGCAGCUACAAUGCUUUGGCUGCUGCUGUGAGGAAUGGAAAUGCAGCUAUUGCUAAGAAGAUUGUGGAGGCACGUCCUUGGCUGGCCAGAGAAGAAAACACAAAAGGGACUUCUCCGGUGCACCUCACUGUACUCUGGGAUAAGGCUGAUGUGCUACGAGUAUUCUUGGAACAUGACCAGUCUUUAGGAUAUAUAACAACCACAAAUGGCUCACCCCUCCUCAAUGCUGCCGCAUACCGAGGUCACAUUGGUGCAGCUCGUGAGCUUCUGAAGCAUUGUCCAGAUGCUCCCUGUUGCAGUGCGAAUGGCUGGACAUGCCUGCAUCAAGCUGUGCAAGCUGGUAAUACAGAGUUCUUUGAGUUCAUCAUGAGGACACCGCAACUCCAGAGACUCGUAAACAUGCGGGAUAGCAGCGGAAAGACUGCUCUACAUUACACGGUCAUGAAGCGUAAUCCGAAGAUGGUUGCCGCUCUACUGUCUCGGAAAGACGUUGACUACACAAUGGUUGACAACAGUGCACAGACAGCAAGCUCGCAUCUAUGGGAUGCCAAGGAUGCUAAGACUCUCAUCUGGAAUGAAGUGUCUAUGCUUAUGUUGAGAGCUGAUCCAGAAGAUGCAACAUGUCUUUCUAACCUUCUUGAGGAAGCCAAGCAAAAGGUAACUAAUGAAUCAAGGAAAGAUGUCAAGUCACUGACUCAAUCAUACACAAACAACACUUCUUUGGUGGCAAUCCUCAUCGCAACAAUCACCUUCGCUGCUGCUUUCACCUUACCUGGAGGAUAUAGCAGCGAUGAUGGGCAUCCUAUCAUGGCUAGAAAGCUGGCAUUUCAGGCAUUCUUGAUCUCUGACACCUUAGCUAUGUGCUCCUCACUUGCUGUUGCCUUCGUGUGCAUCCUGUCUAGGUCAGAGGACCUUGAGUUCUUGCUCUACUAUAGAACCAUUACUAGAAACCUCAUGUGGUUGGCAUACAUGGCAACCACAACAGCAUUUGCCACUGGGUUAUACACUGUUCUUGCCCCUCGCAUCCUGUGGUUGGCUAUUGGAAUUUGUUUUCUAUCAAUCUUAUUGCCUGUUCUGACUAAGCUAAUUGGUGAAUGGCCGGUCUUGAAGCUCAGAUUUCGGUUGGGUCAUGCUUUUAAGACCAAGUAUCUUGAUAUUGUUUGAGCCCAAAAAAAUUUAUUAUUGAUUACAGAUUGUACAUUACUUAGCUGACUAUGUUUAUUAUAUAUUGUUGAUAGUGGAAUUCUGCGCAAGUCCUAAUCUAUGUACUCUGAACAUUGCUUCUAUACAUGGCUUAUGUUAAUGGGUGUUUACUUGCAUCUUAUGUUCCAAUGUCAAAUUGUUAUUAGUUCAUUCUUAGGCCUUUGCUUGUCGUGUAAAUAAACCGUUUUAAAAUUUUUAGGCUUGGCAAUUGUUCUCUAGUCAAGGGCAAAACUGUAAUUUGACAAGUAAAAAUUGUUCGCUUUUAAGAUGAGGCUUAGUUUCAUUAUUUUCUAUUCUUUUUACUCUUAGCUCCAUUGAUGAAAAAAAAAUAUAUAUUAAAAAUUGCUUAGCAAACCUGUAGCAAAGCAUGGAGAAUCACCUAGUAAUAGAAAGUGGAAGGGCCUAGAAUCUUCGAUGAUUCGU